UGUGCCUUUCCACUUUUCUCUAUGGUGUGCCUAUUUGCUGGUAUCUCGAUCAUAAAAAAGUUAAGGAUGGCCAUGCUAAAAAAAAAUACCUAACUAAAAACGAGACUGCAAUGCAAUGUAGUGUUUUCUUAAUUUUUUAUGAAAAUACUAAAUUUUACGUCCAUUUUUUGUUCAUGAUAAAUAUCCCAUAUAAGUGUUUGGGUUAUGGAGUCGCCGCCUUUUUCAACACAUUCUGAGGCACCUCCUUUAAGCGAAGAUAGUGGUCUUAUAAUUACAAGUGGAUCGUUUUCUAGUGAUUCUGCCAGCGGAUGGCAUCACGUCGCAUCCGAGUUGCAAGAAAGCGACUUCGAUGACAAGUCAUUGUCUCUUUGUGAAUCAACUGAAACGUCAGAACGCAUGUGUGGGGAUUUUUUUAAUACAGUGAAGAAAGGGCCUGGAAAAGUAAUACUUACGACUAUUGAACCUCCGCCAGAAUUUCAGGAUAGCCCCGCACCGGACGACAUAGAGAAAUGCUCGACUGUACACGUGCCUCCCACAGUCGUCUUUACCCAUGAUACUACAGACAAAGGCAAGACAUCAAACUUAGAUGUAGCCAUUAACGUAAGACAUAUUUCACCUUUAUAUCCAAGAAAGUUGAAGCCAGAAACACUAUACGAAAGGCGUCAAUGUUUGAAUCAUAGGUUCGCAAGUCCAAGACUUCUUCAUUUAAGUCCAUGUCGCGCUAAUCGACCUUCGUCGAGGAAUUCGCUGUCGUCGAGGUUGUCCAGCAGCCACAACUCACUUGUGACUCAAUUCCAAGCUGACGAUUCCAGUUUCAUCACACAAGCUAUUUCGCAUGACACACUGACUGCAAAAACCUCCGACAUUACUGAUAUGUACAAUGUUCCGUUCGAUAGCGAUAUUUACGCGGUACCUAUUGAUAUGGUACGGCCUUGUCAGAGCAAUAUAAGAAGUAAAGGAAAGAAACCUCCACGAAACAACAAAAAACGUGGGAAAAGUACUGCUCAGAGUACGGCUAAUAAUAGCGCCCUCGAUAAAAGUUACAAGUCAAAGGAUAAUAACAGAAAUAAAGAAGUUAAAACUAAAAGACACAGCUUGCCAAGUUCAUCUUGUAAAAAGAGUACCGGAGAUUCGGAUACAGAUUCAUUACAUCUAACUUUACGCGAAAUGAGGAAAUACCUGCAUACUCUUUAUUCCAGUUCUAGUGAUUCAGAAUGUAGAGCUACUAUUAACAGGAAAAAUAAUCCUAUAGUGAACAGUGUUGGCAUACAUGCGAAACAUUUAGGCAAAGAAGCAAGUUCUGCUGUAUUUUUAAAAGAAAGUAACGAUAUUUCUAGAACUGUUGAAACCAAUAAUAACCAUAGAAAAGCUAAUAAAAAUUCAUUUGGAAUGAACGUCAAAAAUAAGAAACAUAAAGAAAAUAUUCCUAAAGAUGUGAUUGAAUUAGAUAAGAGUGAAAAACCUGUGAAAAAGAGUAUUUCAACUCAAAACCAGAAGGUUAAAAUGUCGCCAGUGAGGAUACUAUCGAUUAAUUUGAAACAGAGCUUUUGUAAUUUAUUUCGUUGGCGACGACAACCCGUGGUGGAGAAUGCUAGUGAUGUUGAGAAGGUGGGCGACAGCAAGGAGGACUCUCCCCCUGCGGCAGUGCGCCGCGCAUUGCCGCCGCUGCCGCAGACACCGAACGUGCACGCUGGACCUCGUCGACCUAACAACGAAGAGGACACUGUCAUGGAUUUCGCCACUUCUAUACAAAAAGUGAAAGAUUAUGGUUGGUAUUGGGGUCCGAUAUCGGUGGAAGCUGCUGAGAAAAUUCUGUCGAACGAACCUGACGGCUCGUUUAUAGUCCGGGACAGCAGUGAUGACCAUUACAUUUUCACUCUGACAUUUAAGUUGAAUGGUCUUAGACAUGUAAGGAUUGAACAUGAUCAGGGUAAUUUCUGUUUUGGUGGCUGCACUAUGUUUAAAGCUCAAACCAUAGUAGAAUUCAUAGAGAAUGCAGUAGAAACUUCCCGAAGUGGUCGCUAUUUGUUCUUCUUGAACCUAAGGCCUGUGCUUGGUCCAGUGAGAGUUCAAUUGCUAUACCCGGUUUCAAGGUUUAAACGUGUGCAGAGUCUUCAGCAUAUGUGCAGAUUUGUGAUAUUAAAGUACGUGCGUCGAGACCUCAUCAGUAACCUACCUCUGCCUAGACGUCUCGUAGACUACCUGAGUGCAACUCACUACUACUCGGAGCUUCUCGCCGAUAUGAGAAUGGAGACGAAGCCGGAGACUUUGUGUCGCGUUUGUGGCGACAAAGCUUCGGGAAAACACUAUGGCGUGGCGUCAUGUGAUGGCUGCCGCGGGUUCUUCAAAAGGAGCAUUAGACGUAAUUUGGACUACGUGUGUAAAGAAAAUGGCCGUUGUGUUGUGGAUGUGACAAGGCGUAACCAAUGCCAGGCAUGUCGAUUUUCCAAGUGUCUGCGCGUCAAUAUGAAGAAAGAUGCGGUUCAACACGAGCGCGCUCCUCGUCCGUCGGUAGCCGCCCAACACCACAUGGCGCUACAGAAGCUCGGGUACAACUUCACGCGACAACAACCUUUCAUUCCGAGCCCGACCCCCCUGACCCUGUCCACUUUUCCACCUCUCCACACAUAUAAUGGCUUAGUGUCCACCCUCCCCGAUGCAACCGCACACAAUUCCUUUCUGGACAGAACUUCGUUUCAAGACUUCCCCCCAUCGAGACUUCCGGACACAAUGUCGGCCGACGCCCCUCAGAUAAGCCCACUUCUCAGCACACAUGUCAGUGCACUUAGCCCACUAAAUCCAUUUAAGAUUCCACUGUUUUCAGCGUCUCUUCAUUAUCCUGUUCCUCAUCCCGCUUAUAUUCCGACCAACAUUUUGUAUCCGCCAGUCGUAACGUCAUCUGCGUCCACAAAUACUUUAGAAAAAAAACCAGAUUCCCAACUCUCUGACAAAAUUAAAGAAGAUGAAGUAUCUAGUUCUGAAGAAGCUUGCAAAUCUGAAUGCCAAGUAGAAACGAUUUUGAAAGAAGAUACAAGAAAAGCCACGCUACAUUCUCCUACAAACUUUGAACCACCAGUACACAUAGUAUCAAAAAUAUCGGAAAAACGUACUCAAAGUGUAGACUAUAAGCCAUACACAUUCGUCGAUUACCUGAAUGACCGUCACAAAGCAAUGCAUGUUGUAGAUAACAAUAAAGCAAGUAUGGACGGCAUCUCAGAAAUGACAACAAAAUUAAAGAAGUAUUGUUUUGAUACUUGGAAACUUGACGAAGAGGUUCACGCCCCGGCUGCGAAGAUCUUAGUGACUUCAAUAAAAUGGUUACAUGGAGUUGGCACAUUCGUUCAUAUGAAACCCUCCGAACAGAUAAAUUUGUUGCGCAGUAAAUGGAAGGAACUGUUUAUUCUUACAGCAGCCGAAUAUUCUUUUUACUUUGAAGAAGAUUACGAUGUCUCGACCAUUGCACUAAAGCGGCCUCAGAUUAAGGAGGAUCUUAAAAAGUUGACAUGUCUGUUAAAAAGAUUAUCUCAGUGCAGACUAGACAGAUCCGAGUAUGACUGGUUGAAAUCCACCUUAUUGUUUCGAACAGACUCUACGGAAAGUCCAUCAGCGCACAUGGAGAUGCUGCAAGAUCAGUUCUUGAUGUUAUUACAGAAACAUUGUGCAGCCAAAGAUUCCACGCGGUUCGGGAAAGUUAUGCUGUUACUACCCAGCAUAUGUUGUACAGCGAAUAAGGAAACAUUAGAACAUUUACUAUUUCCUACCACUAAUUCCUUAGACGACGUCUACUCCGUUCUAUCACGAAUACUUAUGUAUACUUCAAUGUGAGUUUUAUCUAUUUAUAAAUAAGAAUGUUUGUUACUUAAGCAAAGCACCCCAUUAUCAUACCGAGGUACGGAAUACCUAAGUCUUUACACAGACUAAAAUGUAAUUGGG